GAAUACUGUUCAUAUAGAUUUUAGGGUCCGACCGGGCAGCAACUCAAUUGAGUUUCCAAAUUUUAGGUUUUAUUUAAUAUUGCAGAGACAACAUGGCGCGUGUGCCGUUAGGACCUGGUCCAGGAGCUUAUGGGUUACCACCCACUUUGGGGUACGAGAAGCAUGAUAACCGAAAACUGCGAAUGCCGCAAUAUUCUUUUGGCGCCCGCACAAAUAUGUUGGGCGCCGAUCCAGGACCUGGACCAGGGGCCUAUCAGGUAGACAAGCUCACGCGCUAUGGCCCGGGCAGGGGCGCCGAGUACACUAUGGGCCCCAUGACUAAAAUAAUAGACAAGAGAGUCAGCCCCGGCCCCGGAGCACAUAAUGUCCAUACAAAGCCGUUUUUCAAGGGGGUUACUGCACCGGCAUAUUCGAUGGCGAAGCGUAAUGAAUUUAGUUUUAAAAAGUAUGGACCCGGACCCAGUGCCUACAAAUUCGAAGUUAGUCCCAUAAAGCCAGCAGCACCAGCGUAUAGCAUGGGUAUCCAAGCCAAGAUAAAUCGUAAGGCAGAUUCCCCAGGACCUGCGGCGUAUGCCGCAGAUGACUUGAACCUCAAGUUAAAUCGAGCGCCUCAGUAUUCAAUGAGGCCGACUUGUAAUGUCCGUAAAGAGAAUGUUGGCCCUGGUCCACAAUAUUAUGAUUUGAUGUAUUAUCGUCCAGGAAGAUCGGGCCGCGCUUAUUCAUUUGGCGUACACCACUCGCCGUUUGCGCCACCUAUGAUAGUCAGAUGUGAUAAUAUGUAAUUGCAAUAUUAGAUAACUGUGUAUUAAGAAAUAAAGUUAACUUAUUAUUUAUA